AUGACAGCGUUUGAAGAAUUUGGAAUAAUUCCCGAGCUUUCCGAGGCGAUUAGCUCGCUGAAUUGGACAUUACCAACUGCCGUGCAGUCUGAAGCGAUUCCGGCGAUUUUGGGCGGUGCCGAUGCGUUGAUUGCCGCCGAAACAGGAUCCGGUAAAACUGGCGCCUUCUGUCUCCCUAUCGCCCAAAUCGUGUGGGAACGUCGUCGUGGCACUUCAGAAGCCCCGCCCACUAAACCUGUGCAAUCUACAGUAAUCCAACUGAACUCGGAGGAUCGAGAUCGAUCCCUCCAAAUCGAUAAGACCGGAUUGAAUUGUGAAUGUCGUUUGGGCAAGGAAUGGCACGGGGCGAGGGCGAAUGUGGGGUUAUACGGAGGUGGAAAGUACUAUUAUGAGGUUACGAUCACCCGGGAUGGUCUGUGUCGAAUUGGAUGGGCAACGCUGGCUGGAAGUUUGAAAAUUGGAACCGAUUUUGAGAGUUUCGGGUACGGUGGAACGGGCAAAAAGUCUUUCGGCAAGAAGUUCGACGACUACGGUACCUCAUUCACCACCAACGACGUGCUGGGAUGCUUUCUGGAUUUGGAUAAUCUGAAAAUUUGGUGGUCCAAGAAUGGUCAACACUUCCCGACGGCUUAUCACAUUGAUAAGAAAUUCCAAUCACCCGCCACGUGUCUUUUUCCGGCGGUCCUUUGUCAAAAUUCGGGACUGGCGGUGAACUUUGGAGGAGGCUCCGCCCCUUUUCAGUACCCACCUGGCCCUGAUACUGUAGGUGUCGCCGCCGCACCCGUCGGGAAUUUGAAGUUCUGGAGUCGAGAAGAGAAGCAAUCAGUGGACUCCACGACGCCGCUAUGUGUAAUUCUGGAGCCGACGAGAGAGCUCGUUCAGCAGACGUUUCAGAAUAUUCAAACGUUCGCCUCGGUGCUCCAGGAGCCUAAAAUUCGAUGCGUCACGCUAGCCGCCGGUGAAAAUAUGAAUCAAAUUUUGCGAAUUCUGGAGUCUGGAUGUGAUAUCAUCGUCGGGACCCCCUCACGAAUCGUAGAUCUGAUUCAGACGGGAAAGCUGGCUACAGUAUCUCUGCAAUUUGUGGUAAUCGAUGAAAUUGAUCAGUUUUUGGCCGAUAAGAAUGGAGCGGCUCGUCAAAUUGAUACCAUAUUCCGGGCAUUGCCUUUGGUGACACGGGAUGGGACCAGAAGACAGGUGAUCGCUUGCUCAGCCACCCUCCACAACUUCGAGGUGUCCCGUUUCGCCGAUCGUCACAUGUCCUUUCCCCAAUGGAUCGAUUUAAAGGGACAGGACUGUGUGUCGGCCGAUGUGCACCAUGUCGUGUGCCACGUGGAUUCCAUCGAGGACAAACAAUGGAUCCGCGAGAAAUAUCAAUCGAUAGGACUCGAGGAUGAUCAUGUCCAUGAUCAGGAUCAGAUUAGGCCAGGAACCACUGAUAAGGAUACGGUAUCACUGGGCACGAAGGUCCUCAAGGGAAUCUAUGUGAUCAAAGCGAUCAGGGCGCUGAAUAUGGACAAAGCGAUCAUCUUUUGUCGUACCAAACAGCAGUGUGACCAGAUGGAACACUAUUUGAGAAGGAAUAAUUUCACCGCGGCCUGCCUUCACGGUGAUCGCUCAGCUGAGGAGCGACAAAAUUCGCUCGAUGGCUUCAAAAAUGGACAAAUGAGAUUCCUGGUUUGUACUGAUGUGGUGGCACGUGGUCUGGAUGUUCAAGGUGUUCCAUUUGUAAUCAACGUAACACUACCGGAUGACAAGACACAGUACGUGCACCGUAUCGGACGUGUCGGACGUGCCGAACGCAUGGGACUUUCGAUUAGUCUAGUCUCGGCCCACGAGGAGAAGAUAUGGUUCCAUAAGUGUCGAUCCAGAGGUGUCGGAUGCACCAAUGCAAAGGAUAUCUCAAACGGAGGAUGCACAAUUUGGUUCGAUGAGAAAAAAAUGCUCGGCGAGAUCGAAGAGCACCUCGGAGCCACAAUCUCCACCGUCGACAGUGAUUUCUCGGUGCCAAUCGAUGAGUUCGACGGGAAAGUGAUUUACGGAGAGAAGAGGUCCGGUGGAGCGAACUUUGCCACCCAUGUGCUCUCGUUGGCUACGUCGGCAGCUCAAUUGGCAGAUUUGGAGACGAGAAUGCAAUUGGAGUACUUGAAAAAUAAUCAACAUAUUUUUGCGGUUCCUGCUUUGUAG